UGCUAUGUAUCAUAGGGUGAACUCGAACUCGGGUGGAUCUAUAAAACAGCUUUGCUAUUUACUGUUUCCAGUUAUCUUUGGUCAGACGGAAACGGAGGUCAGUCUUCCCUUCAGAAAGUUUUUGGUAGUGAGACAAGUCUUUGAAGUUGUCAAGACCGGCUGAAAAUCUUUUGAUUUUUUUUUAUAAGGAGGUAAUGAUAAGAGCUCACUUACCUCUGGUUGCUGACAACGGAUUAUUUUCAACCGUUUAUAAACCGAAACUUUGUUAAGAUUCCCUUAUUCUUCACGGCGGCGCACUAUGGGCGAUGGGGAUUUCUACACGUUGGGGAGCAGGCAAAGGGGACCUAGGGAUCCGUUCAGAGAGCAGUCUCUGGCGUCUCGCUUUAUGGAGGACGACUUUGGAAUUCCUUUCCCCGAAGACCUCUCAAUGGACUGGCCUGGCUGGGCACGGCCGCGACUGAGUACCCGACUCAACGCUCCCUGGACGGGUGGCCUGCGCACGGCGGGGUUCCCCCGCACAUCCAUGGGGUCGCCUACGGUCUACAGCUCACGGUACAGCGAGCCCCGCAGCUCGCCGACGCCGAACCCCGACGAGCCCUGGAAAGUGUGCGUGAAUGUGCAUAGCUUCCAACCCGAGGAGCUAAACGUCAAAACUAAGGACGGUUUUGUAGAAGUGUCAGGGAAACAUGAAGAGAAGCAAGACGAGGGAGGCAUCGUGACUAAAAACUUCACAAAGAAAAUUCAGAUCCCGGCAGAUGUUGACCCUCUCACAGUGUUCGCCUCACUCUCCCCCGAGGGGGUGCUCAUCAUCGAGGCGCGCCAGACGCCACCAUAUUACCUCUACAGCAGUGAGAUGCCCAGGGACGAGCCCAUGGCGGGGUCGGCAGCGGCGCCGAUGGCAGCUGAAGCAGAACCCAAACCCCAGGAGGCCACCGUAGCGUAACUCGCCAAACAUCACCGUGCCCCCGUGCAGUAUUAAAGGCCAUCCAGCUAAUCCAAUAGAUGUUUUUCCCUCCCUCCCUUCCAUCUCUCUCUCUCUCUUAGUCUGUCGUUUCCCCUUUGGCUCGGGGUUAGUCCCUCUGCGUGAGGUGAAUGGCUGUCUUAUGAGCUCUGUGCCUGAGUACCUUACACACAACCUUUUGAUCCUCGCCGAAGAAGUCGCAUAGCCUCAAGCCCACUUAUGUCUGGAUUGGAUUGGCGCUAUAGGUUUUCCCUUUUUUUUAGUUUACCAACUGGGUAUUUUGACUUCUGACAUACGCUUUUUAAACGUUUUUAAACAUCAAAUGGGCUUCAUUAUGAGGUGGACUGAAAGAAACAUGGGUUCUGAAACAUACAGUGAAAUAUUACAUUACUUGUGGGAUGUGUUAUAUGUGACUCUACGGCGAAACCAGUCCAAACGGUCAAUGUUUCAAAUGGAGUUAUUGUGUUUUCAUGAAAGACCAUAACACAAACCUUCAAAUGACACUAUCUGGUGUGACACUACAGUAUCUGGCCCUCUGUUUGGAGGAGCUGUACCAAGGAUUACGUGUCAGUGGACUUGCAUUCGCUGUCAGGCACUUCAUGUCAUGUCUGUUGCCAUUAUGUGUUACAACAGAAUUUUUAAUGUUGCUACCAUGGGCGGUUUUGAUCAGUUUGUCAAGUGCAAAUAAAGUGUUGUUGCGCUUAAGUCUAAUCUAAGUCUAUACUAAUUUGACCUAUUAGCUAGCCUAUAACAUUAAAAGUCACACCGUAAGAACACCGUAAACCUAAUGAUAGCAUAAAAAAAGCAUCAUGACACCAUCUCAAAAAAAUUCUACAUAUCCUAAAACAGCAACAUGCGAUAUCAGACUGGUUUUCUGUGGAGAGUCACAUAUAGUCAUUGGGGUUCCUUCAGAACUAGUAGGUUGUAUGUGUCACUGUUAGGGUCUACUAUCACUGGUGCUCACAAAGGUUUGUUGUGGGCACAGAAAAUACUUUUGACAAAAAAACAAAGAUAAAGAAAAGCAAAGCAAAAAGGGCUGUUUGUCAAAGUGUCAGGGUCUGAGGCCGACUAUAUUUCAUCACCACCAAACACUCCACCAGAUCCCCAGGAUCCCCAGCAGCUGGCACAGAAAAAAAAAUUUAAAUUAAAAAGCAAUCUUCCACGACAUCCUCUCCAGUCUGACAUGGAAAUGUUUGUCUUGGCUCCAUCUACUGUAUGCUGUGUGUGUUUUAACUUACUAGCUUUGUGUUUUUGUGUAAAGACUGAGGGACAUAAAAAUCAAUGCGCCAUUGGCCAAUAAUUAAUAAGGUCAGCUGUGUAGCAGAAAGGGAAUUAUUCCCUUAUUGGCGAUGUAUUGAUGCUUUACUCAUUGUAAAUAUUUAAAUCAGUAUAUUAACCAGCCUGGUCAUGGGAGAUUAUAAGAUUUUAAGAGGUCUUACAAAAUGAUGUUUUCUUUCUUUUUUUAUUAUGUGUGGUGAAGAUAUAUUCUCUUCAAAUGAAUGAAUUCAAGUGAAUGAAAUUUUACCAGACCAGAUUCUACAAGAUGCCUUUGUAUUGUAUGUACAUGCAAUAAAAUUAAUAAGAAUAAAUAAUAAAAAAAAUCUCUCUCACUA